AUGGCAGGCUCCACGCUGCUGCCGCUGGCGCUGGCCCUGUUACUGCUAGCAAGACCCGGAGACUCCUCGGUCAUCCUUGCAUUAUCAGAGCCGCACUCUGACUCCGCCACCCCAACCUCUGGCUCCACCACCCGAAGUUCAGAGCCACACUCUGACUCUGCCACCCCAACCUCUGGCUCCACCACCCCUAGUUCAAAGCCCCACUCUGAUUCCACCACCGCAAGUCUGGAAACCACCUCCCCUCCAGACUCCAGCUCCGUAGAACCAAACCCAAGUUCAGCCUACACAGAGCCAGAAACAGCCUCUCUCCCCAGCUCUGGCUCCCCCAGUUCUGUGCUGACCACCGCAUCCUGGUCCACGCCCAGUGCGCCCAGUCCUGGCCUAGAUGCAGGCAGCCAGUGGAUCUCCACAUCACACAGGAACCCAGGCGUAGUGAUCGCUGUGUGUCUGCUUGUGUCUGCCUUACUCAUUGGCUCUGUGUUCACCGCUGUGAGACACUGUAACCGAGACGUGCCAUCUUUUCAUAAUCUGGAUACCGUAUCCAUGAGCAGUGUGAGCCAGAGGCUGCCGUUCGCUGACCGCCUGCAGUUGUGA